CAAUAUUGUGCAAAACACAGCUGGGAAACACAUAAGUGCCAAUUCAUCCUGAGUGUUGAGCAGUCGUUCAUAGACUUAAGAAGGCAGGAAAACUGUCUCUUUUUGGUGGGCCACCACACCCCCCUGCAUCACCAUGUCCAAGUACCUGAGGCAUUUCACCACAGUGGGUGACGACCACACAGCCCAGUGGCAGGAUGAGGAGCUACAUGAAGCUAGUGAGGAGCUGGGACCAGCCACAGGACAGAUGCCCCAGGGGGAACUCUCCUUCAGAGACUCCCUGAAGAUGCUCUACAGCUCCAACAAAUUCCAGAUAGUUGUGGUAUGCCUGGUCAUCCUGGAUGCCAUCUUUGUGCUGGUCGAGCUACUGAUCGACAUAUCAAUCAUCAAUUUGGAGCAUGGACACAUUGCCCCUCAGGUGUUCCACUACCUGAGUCUGGCUCUUCUCACCUUCUUCAUGGUGGAGCUGGCUGGGAAGCUCUUUGCUUACCAGCUGGAGUUCUUCCACCACAAGUUUGAGGUGUUUGACGGGCUGGUAGUGAUUGUGUCCUUCAUCCUGGAUGUUGUGUAUACAGCCAGCGAAGAGGCUUUUGAUGCCUCUAUGGGCCUCCUGAUCCUCCUCAGGCUCUGGAGGGUGGCGAGGAUAAUCAACGGUGUCCUGGUGUCUGUGAAGGCAAGGGCCGAUCGCAAACUUCACAAGCUGAAGGAGAACAACGAUCAACUGGUCCAGCGAGUUAGCGAGCUACAAGAGCGCAGCGGCAAGACGGAACAAGAGAACAGUAAACUACGGGCUCUCCUGCGACAGCAUGACAUUGCGUACUGAUGCAGGAAGAGGAACAAGAUGCCAUUUUCAUUAUCCACUUCUAAAGUUUUAUUGGAAUUGAUCAAUAAACAAGGGCAUCUUCUGAAAGGUGUUGACCAUCCAUACACCAUUUGUGUCAGUAAUUCCACCAUGACAGGAGCUUACACUGCCCAGAUAGAUACUAAAUCUGUUUGUACUCUUGCCAACUCAAUUGCUGUCAUUGUCAAACCAAACAUUUGGCAUGACAAUGAGUUGGUAAUAAAGCAUAAAGACUGGCACUCAGGCUAGAUAGAUUCCACAUGAUUAGGUCAAACUUCCAACCAUUAUCUGCAUAUUUAAGCAGAUUAUAAAAGCUGAUCAGACUUCAUUGAUAUUAUAUGCCAGUAUUUCACAUUGCAAUGAGCAUACGUCUUACUUGAUAUUUUUACAUGUGCUAUGCCUUUAUUCAGCUAAUAUUUUGUACUUUAGAUCCUGUAAUGAAUUUGUUGCAUCUUGCUGUUUUCUGAAUACCCAUUGCUUGCUCUGCAAAGACAAUCCAAGUAUGAAUCACUGUGAAAGUAUUAUUAAAUGUUGCUUUAUUGAUUUUUUACUCUCAUUUGAUCUAAAUUACAGUAUGUACAAAUAAAUAAAAGGUGGUUGCUAACAGCAGCUGAGUGCCAUCAGAGAA